GCUGAUCAACUUACAGAGGAACAAAUUGCAGAAUUCAAAGAAGCGUUCUCGCUCUUUGAUAAGGAUGGAGAUGGUACCAUCACCACCAAAGAACUUGGAACAGUGAUGAGAUCUCUAGGACAAAACCCAACUGAAGCAGAACUGCAGGAUAUGAUUAAUGAAGUAGAUGCAGAUGGUAAUGGAACAAUUGACUUCCCAGAGUUUCUCACCAUGAUGGCCAAGAAGAUGAGAGAAACAGACAGUGAAGAAGAAAUCAGAGAGGCUUUUCGGGUCUUUGAUAAAGAUGGCAAUGGUUUUAUCAGUGCUGCUGAGCUGCGUCAUGUAAUGACAAACCUGGGAGAGAAACUUACAGAUGAGGAAGUUGAUGAGAUGAUUCGAGAGGCAGACAUCGAUGGAGAUGGACAAGUUAAUUAUGAAGAUUUUGUUAAGAUGAUGACAAGCAAGUAAAGUUCUGACCAUUCCUCAUUGUUUUUUCCUGGUUGCACUGAAAGAAAAAUUAUGGAUGAAGUGAAUGUCUGGAAUUGUAAAUCAGUAAAGAUACUACUUGUAUCAGCUACAUUAAAUUUUUGCUUCCUAAACAUUAGGAAGAUAUUUAAGUGUGAUUUGAUUUAUUAUUACUGUGAGAUAUAGAUAUAAGUUUAAUUCUGUUGAAUCAUUUAAAAAUUGUUACGUCAUAAGAUAUUAUUAACCCAAAAAAGUUAUUUAAAAGUGGUCUUUACCACUUGGUGUUA